AUUAAAUAAUAUGCCUCUUUAGGAGCAACCAAAUAUUCUCUUAAUGGUUUAAACCUUUUAUUAUUUUUCUUUUCCCUCCGUCUAUGAUGGAUGGUUAAUGAGCCCAUUUCAUGGUUUUCUAAUCACAUGGCGCCAAAUCAAGGUGCGAAUAAUUUCUGGUCAGCGCACACCUCUUGUCUUCCCGGCGUUCCGUAAAUUAAAUAUCCCAUUCAUGCAGUAAGGAAAGACAGCUCAUUUUAUAGUCCCUCCCCACUAAGACUACAUCAAUGGAGUUGUUUUUUUAGAAGAGUACAUUAAUGGAGUAUCAGUCCAACACAUGUGGCCGAUAGUAUAUGCAUGUGGGCUUCUGUAUAUUAAUUUGAUCCAUUCUUUAUUUUGUUGAAAUGGCGCGGUCGGUCGCAUGUAGACUGCGGCCAGCCAGCGAGAUCCAUUCUACUGCGGAUGCCUUCUACAUGUGAUUGUACGUACGUAAGAAAUUAAAUAGUGUAUAGCAGUGCGUACGUACUGCGGCUUCAGAGGCUAUAUAUAGAGAGACUCAGAAGCAUUGAUUCACACAGCCUACAAGUUUAUUUAUUACCAUCCCAUAUCACCUUCUAUAAUAUAUAUUAUAUCAUAUUUCUUCCCGCUCUCAAGUUUAAGCUCAACCGUACGCAUCAGCAAUGGCGGCCGGGAAACGCUUGCAAGGCAAGGUAGCUGUGAUCACCGGCGGAGCCAUGGGGCUGGGAGCCGCGGCGGCGAGGCUCUUCUCCCUACACGGAGCCAAGGUCCUGAUAGCCGACAUCCAGCCAUCGGAACUGGGCCAAACGCUCUGCAAGGAGAUCGAAGCCGAGUCGGGCCAUCCCGUGACCUACCUCCAGUGCGACGUGACCAGCGACGCCGACAUGCAGAACGCGGUGGACACGGCCGUUUCGAUGCACGGGAAGCUGGACAUCAUGUACAGCAACGCCGGGAUAUCGGGACAGAAGAUCACCCCCACCGACCUCCGCAUCUCCUCCGUCACCCCCGAAGUCUUCAGGAAGGUGUUCGACAUCAACGUCUACGGAUCAUUCCUGGCCGCCAAACACGCUGCCAGGGUGAUGGAGAAGAGCGGCAACGGUGGGGUCAUCCUCCUCACUGGCAGUGCCGCCACUGCCAGCUAUGGGAUGGCCCCACACGCCUACACGGCAUCAAAGCACGCCGUGGUGGGGCUCACCAAGAACCUGUGCGUGGAGCUGGGCCAGUUUGGGAUCCGGGUCAACUGCAUCUCGCCGUUCGGGGUGCCGACCCCGCUGAGCAUGGACAUUACCGGGAUGGACGAGGCCGCCUUCGAGGAGGCGUUCAAGGCCAAAGGAAACCUCAAGGGAGUCGCGCUGAGGGCCGACGAUAUCGCCAACGCGGCGUUGAAUCUUGUGAGUCACGAGUCCAAGUACAUCAGUGGGAUCAAUCUUCUGGUCGACGGCGGUCACUCCCUCAUGAGCGCUUAAUCGCCGAUUGAUUAAUAUGGUUUCGCCAUGUGAUCACUGAAUUUCAAUUUCGUCUUUCUCUUUGAGGCUUUAUGCAGUUACGCAUUUGUGAGUUUCUCUAUUAAUUAUGCCAGCUCUCCUGUCUUUUGUCUGAAUAAAUUAAUGAAGGGUCCAAUUACGAAUUAAUUGAAUAACAUUGUAUAUUCAAU